UGAUGAUAGUGUAUGGCCUCUUCAUCGCCAUCGGUGCUACUGUUUUGAUGAUACUGGAGCAACCUGAGGAGAAUUUGCUCGUUAAAGAGGUCCGUGAACUAAAAGCUCUUUUUUUGGCAGAUAACCCGUGCGUUGAGGAGAGCAGUUUGGAUCUUUUGUUGAUAAACGUGCUUUCUGCGAGUAAACGCGGCGUGGCCACACUGGAGUCCGCCAGCGAUGAAUGCAACUUCGACUUUACGUCGUCGCUGUUUUUCGUCGUUACCUUCCUCACGACCACAGCACCACAGGACUUGUUGACUAUCUGCCCGGCAGGACACAAAGCCGAGCAGCACGUCAGUGGCUGGAGUUUGCAACCUCCUGUUACCUGAUGGUUGGACUGAUUGUCUUGCUUGUGGUUAUGGAAAGUUGCUGGGAACUGCAGCAGGUUCAAGCCAUCAUGCGUUUUUUCGCUGGACCGCGGCAGGGUGAGCUGAAGGGGGUGGGUUUGGAUGAGCUUGUGCUCAGUGGAGACAUGACAGGUGCAGAGGAGGAACCUCAUUACACCCUUCCUAUAUCCACCAUCUCCCCUGCUUUCACAGACUCACCUGCCACUCCAACAAUAGAGCUGCCACCAGUCUUUGACCUGACACCCAUAGCAGCCACCAAAGAAAAUAUUCCCCCUUCACUAAGACCAGAUCUGUGUCAAUCCACUUCCACUUCAUAA